CCCGACGUCGACCUGCCGACAGCUUGCAGGCUCGUCGUUGCUCGCUCUGCAGGAGUUGUAAACAACUCAGUGCAUUUUCCCUUAGGAAGGAACUUCGAACCCAAGCGUGGUUUUCUUGACCGGUUAUUUUUGGCAACUGAUAGCAACCGUAAUUUGCCGACAAGGUUGUACAGUCUCUGGAGGAAACCAUUUUUGUAGGGAAACCUACAGCCGCUCGAAGUCGCUGCUGGUGGGAAUCGUAGACGGUGUUGCGAUUCGAAUAUUUGGAAUUUGGAUAGGAAAAUUUCAGUCCACGUCUCUAGGAAUCUACAAGUAAUCGGGGCGUGAACAUUGACCACAUGGAUGAAUUUAGUCUGAAGCCUUCCUGUUUGUUUCACAACUCGAUUGUUUAAACGGGAAACUGUUUAUGUUUGUCAGAGGCCAAGCUUAAUCUUAUGUUACUCUUUUUCCAGAUGGUAUAUUCUUCCUUCUGUGAGCUAAGAGUCAAUCACCAACAUUCAGGUUAAGGACAAGACUAAUGUUUUAUUUUAAUGCCCUGUAGAUCCCUUCCCCGCCUACUCCCCACCCCCAGUGCCAGUAACCUUUCUCCUAUAUCCUAACAAUUCUGUGGCUUUUCCACGCUAGCUGACUUCUCUUUUCUGCCUCUGGGGCUUGUUUUUGCAUCUGGUCAGGUAUGGUUUUGUUUGGGUGGGGGCCUCCUUUGCUGUAUAGCCUGAUCCACUGGAGAGAUUUAGUUUUAGCCAGUUUUAUGGAAGGGUCUGAGAAAUCAGCCAAAGACAGCCUAUUUAACCAGUCAUAGGAGUCGAGAGCAGCUUAAUCUAGGAGUAUAGGUGCUUUAUAACUUAAAAAAAAAAAAAAAGAAGCCUUUGGAGAAAUGACCAAACAUCUCAUUUCAAAUGGUAAUUCUCAAUUUUAACAAGGUUAUGCAAUUUAUAUUGAUUCUCUGCAAGCCAAAACCUUUCCCAGCUUGUUUCCUUGUGAUUGUCUACAUGAACUUGAAAGUGUAUUGGUAAUAUUCCUUUGCUUUUUAAAAUUGUUUGAAGAAGUUAAGCUUAACUAUCAAAGUAAAAUGUUUAUUCUGUAAAGUUCUCUUUUGUUUAAUUAGGUGUUUGGUGACCAAUAAAUCUGCCUGGUUGAACUGGUGGAAUCGAAUUAGUAAGUUUGUGUAAUAGUCGGCCAUUUCUAAUUGUAGUGUUAAGAUUUGUGUAAUGCACUUCGUAAAGGAUGAAUGAGUUAAGACCUUUUAAUAAGGCAGCUCAAUGCAGAAUCAGAGUUCAGGCCUGACGGCCAGGCUAUCUGAGUUCUUUGUACUUAGUGCCUUACAACCAAUACCCCAAACCAAACCAGGGACCCUAGACGUGAUUCUGACUCACUCUUGAAGACCGUCCUCCCUGAGAUGAGCAUACUGAUUGCUCACAGAGUUGUGAGGAUAACUAAUAAGGAACUGUAAAAUUCCUUACUAGUAAAAGGCAUGUUAAUAAUAAUUAUGAGCAUACAUUAAAAGGCCUAGUCAAGAAGUGCUAAGAAAUCUGAGGAAUUUUAAAUUAUGGAACAUUCUCUGGAGUGUCUCUUAACACUUUGUGACUCCUAGCAGCCCUCUAGGACAGGGUAGCAUGGCCCCUGUGGGUUUCUGAGACUAACUCUUUCUGGGAGUAGAAAGCCUCCUUUCUCCAAGUUGGUGUAGCCAGUGUCCAUUAAAAUUCUGUGUGAUUUUAGGACCAAAUAUUUAUCCCUCCACAUUAUUUAAACCAGAAAACACAACCUCUCGCCCUAGUAUAUGGGCAUUAACACGGACUGUGAACACAUACGCAGAUGAACCUACUCGAUAGUUGUCCUGCUACAAAUUCUUUUGGCUGUUUUGCUCUGACAUGUAUAUUUCCUUCUAGGUAGUUGUCUUGGGAACCCCUGCAGAAGAAGAUGGUGGUGGCAAAAUUGACUUAAUUGAAGCAGGGGCUUUUGAAAAUCUUGAUGUCGUUCUGAUGGCCCAUCCAUCCCAGGAGAAUGCUGCUUAUCUGCCUGAUGUGGCUGAACACGAUAUGACUGUGAAAUACUAUGGAAAAGCAUCUCAUGCUGCAGCAUAUCCCUGGGAAGGAGUCAAUGCCUUAGACGCUGCUGUGCUCGCCUACAACAACCUGUCUGUGUUAAGACAGCAGAUGAAACCAAGCUGGAGAGCUCAUGGUAUCAUAAAAAAUGGUGGCAUAAAGCCCAAUAUCAUUCCCUCUUACUCUGAAUUAAUCUAUUACUUCCGUGCACCGUCAAUGAAAGAACUUCAAGUUUUGACCAAAAAGGCAGAAUAUUGCUUCAGAGCUGCAGCUUUGGCUACUGGGUGCACAGUAGAAAUUAAAGGUGGAGCACAUGAUUAUUACAAUGUCCUUCCCAAUAAAAGCCUGUGGAAAGCUUAUAUGGAAAAUGGGAAGAAGUUGGGAAUAGAAUUCAUUUCAGAAGAUGCGAUGUUGAGUACCCCAUCAGGAUCUACUGAUUUUGGAAAUGUUACUUUCGUGGUUCCUGGGAUUCACCCAUAUUUCUCCAUUGGCUCGAACGCCCUGAAUCAUACUGAGCAGUACACGGAAGCUGCAGGAGCACAAGAAGCUCAGUUCUACACUUUGCGGACGGCCAAAGCUCUGGCAAUGACUGCACUGGACGUGCUCUUUAAACCAGAGCUGCUAGAGCGUAUCAGAGAGGACUUCAAACUGCAGCUUCAGGAAGAGGAAUUUUUACAUACAGUAGACUAAAAGGAAGAUUGGGGAGCCACUUAGGAAUUACUAAGAAGCGAUGACUUUUUCCUCUGAUCAUCUUGAAUGAAGGAGGCAUGCUAGCUUUUUAAUCACAAAGGAAUCAAAUUGUUCUUACCUGAAACAUGAGGAUGUAAUGUGUAAAAAAUACAUGAUCACUUAGCUGAAGGGAGAAUUUUUGGAAAGUUUUAUUUGAUAGAAUUGUGAUCUUUCAGAAACUGAUAUGUGAUGGCAUAUCUUGGAUGGGCUUUGGUUUACCAGUAAUGAUAUUUUAUAAAUGUAUUUAUCUGGUUGUGUCAGUGCAUGAGUUUGAAAAGAUCCUAAGAGAUUUGAAAUUUCACAUUCAGAAUUGACAUACAAGGAAAGAAGCUUUUGGCAUUUUAGAAAGUGGGUUUUAAAAUUCACAUUCUAAAUUCAGCAGUAGUUCGUUUUGAAUGGGGAACCCUGAUGGAGUAGUGAGUUGAACUGCCAACUGCAAGGUUAAGAGUUCAAAACUACCAGCUUCUCCGAGGGAGAAAGUUGAGACUGUCUACUCUCAGAAAGAGUUUCAGUCUCAGAAAUGCACAGGGCCAGUUCAGCUGUGUUCUCUGAAUAAGAAUCAACCCAAUGGCAGUGAGCGAGUUCAUGCUGACUAUCUACGAUACCUGUUUUGGUUCAGAGCAGGUGUGGGGAACCUUUUUCUGCCAUGGGCCAUUUCGAUGAUUAGAACACUUAGUUAACUCACACCUAAUGUGCUGGCUGCAGCUGCUUCUCUUUGGGGAGGCGUGUGAUGUUAGUGCGUGUGAUGUUAGCGGGUAUUGAUGAUUGCCCUGAGCCUUACUUGACUGAGAGGUCAGAUAGUCCCCACCCGGUUUAGAGAAUCUCUGCAUUAUGGUAAAGGUGUGUUUUACAUCAGAGAUGGUGGAAGAAAGCAACUCAAAACUCUGGUGCAAAGACUAGCUUUAGUUCUGCCUUUUGAAGGAACGAGAGAAGGAGUGGCGCUGAAGUGUUGUUACUGUGUUACCAUGUCCUGUAACAGGGAGGUAGAAUUGAUUCUUGCUGUAAUCCGGGUGCCCAAUGUGUUCUGGAAACAUUUGCAGAGAGAAACAAUAACGGUUCUUGUUUGUCUUGAAUCUUCAGUGUCAUAUGACUAGUCCCCCUAACUUAAUGAACUCUUUUAAGGUUUCUACUCAGAAGCCAGCCUGGUGGUGUGACAAUAUUGUAGUUGACUUGAAUUCUGAGCCUGUGGAGACCCCAUCCUGACUCAAUGAAUACUUACUAAAAGUUUUUCAUGAGUAUUAUUCUGAGGUUGGUUUCUUGAACGUGGUAGAAAAGUGUGAGAUAAAGGUAAAAUGACUAUUUUAAGCUGUGCAUAUACAAAAGCUCCAGUACCCUUUGUUUUAGAGCACAUUCUCAAUGUUGAGUAUAAGUAUUCCAAAAUGAUGAGACGGCUUUGGGGGUGGGGGUGGGUGCUGGGGGGAUGGAUACCACUUGGCCUGUAAGCAUGUCACUUGGAAAAUGAGAGUUGGGUUAGGCCAUUUGUCCUUACAAUCCUUUCCUAAAGUAAUUUAAAGGUGCAAGGAACAAAGGAUCAAUUGGGGAGGGUUAAUAGUUGAGACUGACGUUUCUUCCUGAUUGGGCCUGCCCAGGCUGUUUUUAUACAGGCAGAGCGCCAGCAAUGGCUUUCACAUGGGUAAGGCUUAAAAAAAUGUAAUUACACUGGAUAUGAUCUGCAACACUGAAAAUAUUUUGUCUGGUCCUUUACAGACCAAAAAAGUUGCCGGUCAUUUUCUGUGUACCUGUCAAAUCCAGCCUCCUUCUCUUUGACUUACAACCUGGAAUCAGAUCUUCUCCAGGAGACAAGCUGCUGAGCGGCACCUGAGAAAGGGAGAGGCGAGGUCACGGGCCCUGCCAUGGUGACCCUCACGUGGUGUCACGUGGUGUGGUCGGACUUUGUGCUCAAAACCGAAGGGAGCCAGAACUCACCGGGUCUGCCUUAUUUUUCCAGAUCCUUACAAUUUCCCAGUGUUGACCGUCUUCCACUCUUCAGUUGCUCUCUCAUAGUGGAAAAUAGCUUCAUUCUCCGUCUCUCGCAUGUUCCAGCUUCCGCGGAUUUUGCUUUACUUUGCUCUGAGAUACAGCUACCCCAUUUCCCUAUACAAGCCAGUCUCCUAACUCUGCACAUCAGCUUCUAGUGACUCCCCAUGCCACCCUUUGUCUGAUGACUCAAAAUCAGUUGGUACAUAUUUAUAUUUUAUAUUCUAGUGAGGGUACCAAUAACGACUGUUCUUUAGGCUAAGAAUCUGAAACCUCUGAUUAUGUAAAGCAGAACUUUAUUUUCUCUAUUAACAAUCCUAUACAUAGGUUUAUCAGCUUUGAAGUUUAAAACUCCUGUACCCGAAGACCCGGUUUUAUUUUCUAAAGCCGUAUACAUUUCUAGCUUGGUGAUUGCUAACUGUGAUGUCCCCGUACAUACAUGCACAUCACUGUCUUGGUGAAGAGUCACAGUUAAUUAUUACUCAAAGGAUUCGUAUUUUGCAUGUGGUUUUUAUUAGCAUUUGCUUGUGCCUCAUAGACUUCUAAAUGGACAAGCUAGAGAAAGGGAAGGUUGGCAACAUACUGCUGCUGAUUCAUGUGCAGUUUGGAUAAGCGUCAGAAAGAGGGAAAGAUGUGGAGUUGCAUCUGGCAUGCAGGCCAUUGGUAUACACAGAGCACUUCUGUCUGCAUCAACUCAUGCUGGGAACAAAACUGAGUUACCACUAAUAUGUGGGUCAAUUUUUAUUCUCUUGAGUCUUUGCAGUAUAAUAUUUUCCUUUCUCCCCCCUCCUCAAAAGGAUAUGGUCAAAAUAGGGGAUACUUUACUCAUGAUAGAUACCUCUGUUUAUAAACCUAUGACAGGUUUAUGGCAGACACAGAGGGGGUUGAGGCCAUAAGCUCAGUAGUCAAUGUGGAAGCAGAUUGUUUUUCCAGAUUUCACCAAGUUCACAUCCUUUUAACUUAAAAAACCAAACUCACUGCUAUCAAGUUGAUUCUGGCUCAUAGCGAUCCUCUAAGACAGAGUUGGUUUCCGACACUCGAUCGUAAGGGACUAGAAAACCUCAUCUCUCCCUUGUAGAUUAGCAGCCCGAUACGGAACCCACCUCCCUCGCUGACUGGCGUCCUGUUAGUUCCGACUCUCAGUGACCCUAUGAGACAGAGUAAGGCUGCCCCGCUUUGUGGGAGUGGAAAAUCUCGUCUCUCUGCCU